AUGGUGUCCAAACAAGCGAAGCGAGAAGAACCAGCCAGCCAAACUGAAGAGGGCCCGUCGCGCAAAGAAGCCAAACCCAAAGGACCGACCCGACUCAAGCGGAGGAAAUUGGGCAGGGGAAACAACUCUUUACGAUCAACGACGACGACACGGAAGCUCGCUCUUGAUAAAGCCAUUACAUUUAGCCCUAGGAAACCGAAAACCAGGGAUGAGACCAGGGCCGGAAGACGCAAGACCCAUACAGACAUCUACGACAUCCCUCCCGAUACACCGCGCCGAAGUGCUCGAACCGCAGCGAGACAUCAACUGAGCGAGCGACGACCCACGUAUCGCGACGAAUCCGCCGACGAGGAGGAGUCAGCAGGCAAUGAGAAAAUUUCAAACGAUGACGCGGGUUCGGACAUCGCCGGGGAACUGGGCAAUGGGACAGAGACAUAUAACGAUGGAUCAAACAACCAAGUAGACACAGACAAUGAGGCAGUGAGCAAUGAAGAGGGUCCAGGCAUUGUCGACUCGCCAGAUCACGAAGAACCCGGCGUUGUCGAGGAGCCGGACGGUGAGGUGGAAGAUUCCUACGAGACGCCUUUAGAAGAGACCUCAGAACCGAAUGUCGAACCGAUCACAACCACCACGCCAGCGGAAUCUCCCAGAGAGAUCCAAAGCGAAGGUAUAUCCGAUGACGAUGAGGAAGCCGAGGCCAACGAAAGCGGGAGCGCUAGGGGCGAGGUCGAGCCCUUUGAAGGGAUGGCUGUCGAGCUCUUCUCUGGUUCUGUUGAGCCUGUGGACCAGGAACCAAGCGCAGAGCCGGAACCUGCAUCUGAAGACGACUCGGCGGAUGAAUCAUCAUUAUUCGUCAGAGAAGCUUCGAAGGCACUCAUUCUCAAGAGAUACGUUGCCGACCCCAAACCCCCAAAUACUGAGCUUAUCGAGGUGCAAAAGAAUGAGUUUGAUACGCCGGCUUUUGGGGGCUUGUCUUCUGCCUUGAAGGAAUGGCUCUACAAAGCCACUGCAGAAACCCCAUUGAAAAAUGACUGGGAAAAGCUAUGCUCCAACAUCCUUACCUUGAAACACAACCCACCGCCACGGUUGCCCCGGAUGUUUUUUAAUGCCAUUGGAAGCAUCGACGAGCUUGAAGAAUGCUACCAAGACAUAGAAUCUUCAGCCACUCUGUCAACCAACAUCCAGACCCAUAUCUUGAAGCUCAAGACCGAGGCAUUUGACGAAAUCAAAGAGAUCUUGAACUUCAACGCGUGGCAAGAUGAGAACAUCUUAAAGGCGACCCUCAUCGCCGACAACUUCCAGCGCUAUUUUGUCCCACGCUUGAGCGUCCUCGUGGUCAUAAGUUUCCGCGUCUAUCGUUCCUUUGGCGCGGCAGCUUAUCACCAAUUCGACUACAUUUUGGAAUUAGUCUCUCAUUGCCUGGAGCGAUUGAAAGCUCUCAGGAACGGAGACUAUUUCGCAGGCAGGAGGCCACCUCGUACUUGGCACCUGCAUGUUCCUUUAACGCGUCUGAAGAGGGCCCUGGAUAAUGGCGAGCUGGAGCAUGAUGGAGGACGACAAGCUGCCAACCAGCAUAACGUCGUCUAUGCAUAUGCUGCCUGGAGUCCGUCGGAAGACAAAGCCCUCGUUGAUGGAUUGAAGGCUUAUCGGAAUGACAAUCGCUUUCACAUGAUCAGAAGAUUUAUGGGCGACCUUCUCCCGCAUCGCACCUUGAAUGAUUUGCAAACCCGAGCAAGAUUGAUGCGGGAAGCUUUUGAAAUCGAUGGCUUGCCAGUGCCAAGUUACCUUGCCACUGUGCACUUAUGA